GUUGGUGGCCACCACCACAUCCCCACUCAUUCAUAAUCUUCCUUUUCCACAUUUUCCUCUCGUCCAUUGCUUCCUUCUCAACCUCCAUACCCAUUUUCCUUCCAUUUCCAUUUCCUCUUCCAUUGAAGCUGCCUUCAUUUUUCUCUUCUUUCAAUCCGUUUUCAUUGCCCAUUGCCAUCUGAAUCUCUUCUUUUCGAAAGGUUAUAUUGCUGUGGGAGAAAAUUCAAUGGAAUCAACAUACUUCGAUUCUAAUGGGGAAGUCUCACCGAAACAAAAAUUGAAAUCCACUUCAGCAGAGUCACCAAUCUCCAGUAGUGACAAUGGUUGUUUUGAUUGCAAUAUUUGCUUGGAAUCAGCGCAUGAUCCUGUGGUCACGCUAUGCGGUCAUCUGUACUGCUGGCCAUGCAUAUACAAAUGGCUCAGUGUUCAGAGCUCCUCAGCCGAACCAGACCAGCAGCAAACAUGCCCAAUUUGUAAAGCUGAGAUCUCUCAUACUUCAUUAGUCCCCCUUUACGGCCGCGGAACAUCUAAUUCCGAAUCUGAAUCCAAGAAACUCCAGAUGGGUCUUGGAAUACCUCAGAGGCCACCUCCUUACAACUUGAAUGCUAUGUUAACUUCGAACCGGGCAUCGAAUCCACAUCAAGGUGAGCAACUCUAUCCAAGUUAUUUCCACUCACAAUCACGGCCAUUACAUUAUCAGCAGCACUACCUUUACGGAACUCACGGUGCCAAUGGAUUACCUUAUCUUGGCGGUGCUGCUAUGACUAGUUUCUUUAACCCUGUGAUUGGCAUGUUCGGGGAGAUGGUCUUGACGAGGAUUUUCGGGGUCUCUGAUGCAAAUUUGUUUCCUUACCCCCAUAGUGGAAGUGGCAGUCCCAGAAUGAGAAGGCAGGAGAUGCAGAUUGACAAGUCUCUAAACAGAGUUUCUAUCUUUCUUUUGUGUUGUAUUAUUUUGUGUCUUCUCUUAUUCUGAAGAUAUUUUAUUUCAGACUGUAUAGGCACUUAUAAUGUGCAGUCCUGAAUACUCAUGGUGGUGAUAGGGAUCUACUAUAGAUUGUGUGAUCAUGUAGAUAGUAGGUUUUAGCAUGUUUUGUGGUGAUUAUGAUGACAUUAUGCGUUUAUUUUCUCUUAAUUAUGAUAUGAAUGUACCUAUACGAGAGUUUAUGUUCC